UUGGAGUUUACAAUGUGACGUGGGUUCGUGGGAGUGAAAUGAGUGUCUGCUGUGAAAGUUGUUUUGGUGGGAAUGUUUAUUGUUGAUACGACGGUGCUGUUGGGGCAGUGGACAUCAACAGCUAGAAAUGACGAUCUUUAACCUGGGACUCAAUAGGAACACAAAGCUUAUUUUAUAUUCUUUAGGGAUUUUCGUGUGUUAUUUUUACUAUGGUAUUAUACAGGAAAAAAUUACUAGAGGAACUUACGGUGAAGGCGACGGAAAAGAAAAGUUCACCUUUGCCUUGUCGCUCGUUUUCGUGCAGUGUGUUGUGAAUUAUGGCUUUGCCAACAUUUUAUUGGCAACAAUAUUGAAAAACCAGGGAGAAGACCAUACCCGGACUAUAUAUUACGCUUGCAGUGCUUUGACAUAUUUACUAGCAAUGGUUUGCAGCAAUAUGGCAUUGCAGUGGGUUAACUACCCGACACAGGUCGUUGGAAAAUCAGGAAAACCCAUCCCUGUAAUGGUUCUUGGUGUGUUGCUGGGAAGGAAGACAUAUCCACCACGUAAAUAUUUAUUUGUGUUGUUGAUUGUCAUUGGUGUUGCAGCUUUCAUGUACAAAGACAGUGCAGCAAAGAGUAGCCAGAGUGAAGGUGGAGGGCUAGGAGAGGUGCUGUUACUGUUGUCAUUGACAAUGGAUGGGCUUACGGCAGCAGCACAAGAGCGAAUGACAGCUGAGCACGGAACAAAGUCAGGGCACAUGAUGCGUGGAAUGAACCUGUGGUCAACAAUGUUCCUGAGUGUAGCUGUGUUGCUAACUGGUGACGGGCUGGCUGCUUUGCAGUUUUGCCAACGUCAUCCAGCAGCUGCAUCGCAUUUGGCCACAUUGGCACUUUCUUCUGCCCUUGGUCAGCUCUUCAUCUUUCUAACUGUUACUGAAUUUGGCCCACUAGCCUGCUCUGUAGCAACGACAACUCGAAAAUUUUUCACGGUUUUGGCAUCUGUGUUAUUUUUUGGGAAUCAUCUUGUGUGGCCACGACAGUGGCUUGCAGCCAUUCUUGUGUUUACUGGUUUAACAUUAGAUGCAAUGUAUGGGAAGUCACCAGCACCACGUAAAACGUAGCGUCCUGGGUUACACAUGGUGAGGUGCUGUGCAUCCUCAGAAUAACUUUUACUAAUGUGAUAUGUAAAAUGUACUGACAAUGUGAAAACUAUAACAAAUACAGUCACAUCUUACUCUCACAUUAGCAGAAAACCAUUCUGUCAAAGUAUCCUAGGUGUUUUACACCAAUGAAAUGUGUGUUUAUAUGAAUAUCUUACAACAUGAUUAUUAAUGUGUCAUUAUGAAUGUGUCAAUCAAAUAGAUGACCUUGUUCAUUUUGUAUACAUUAGCUGUAAAUGGCACAAUUUACGAAUGUGUGUGAAAUUUAUGUUUGAAUUUGAUAUCAGUGACUUACGAUAUUUAACUAUUUGGCAAAUUAAACAUCCUUAUGUAUGUGCCAAAGUAUGGAAAAGAAUCAAAAUAGGUUUUAUGUUAUUACUACAGGCAAUUUUUCUGCAGUUUGUCAUUAUUUUUAUGGUUUCUCAUCCCAUGCAUAAAGGAACUUCAUAUUUACUUGUGUGCUGAAAAAAAUAUUAUACAUAUACCAUGCAUGAAAAUAAAAACAUUAAGAAAAAGUUGUACACUAGCAAUAACCAUUUAAUUUAUUUUACAAAAAAUAAACUGCAGGAAAAUUUGAAAUCUGUGAAAUGUAUUACUCUGUUAUCCUUUUUUUUGCCUUGUAAAAAUGUGUAAAACACUCAUUUCGUAUCAUCUUUUGUACCUGUUUUGGAUUUUGGUACCAGUCAGACUUACUACUUUAGCCCUUAGUCCCUUAGAUGUUAAAAUCUCUUGCCUUAAUUCUUGACUUUUAGUAACUUUUUUUAUCUGUGCUGUUUUCUUGUUUGUGUGUGUGUGUGUGUGUGUGGGGGGGGGGGGUUUCAGGUGGUACUUUAUACUGAUUACUGACAAUAUUGACAUUUAUGUUUGAUUCAUGUUGAGCUACACACAUUUUCUUAUACUAUUUUUUUAAGAAAGUAAAAUUGUCACCCUGAACAGUUGUCAUGUUCUGUAAGGGCAUGGGAAAGACACAUCAUAAUUAAAAGAGCUUACCUCGAUCAACGUAAUUGAUGGGCUAAUUUUGCACACGCAGCUUUCAGAACUCCACCCUGUAAAGAAAUCUACAACCUAAAGAGGGUGUUCAGGGACGGACACACAACUCGGUGUACAGCACAGGGAAACUCAGGUCUAAUCAAACUCAGACUAAUAAAGUUCAUUGGAAGCUCACUUCUGGCACCACUGACUUUAGCUUCUUCUAUUCAGUGCAUAAUCUUAUGAUGUACAGCUUCACGUAACUGUCAGCUACAUUCUAUCUCACAGCCCUGAGACUAGCUUCCCAGUAUUAUCUCGAUCCCAACAUGACUAAGUGUUCUAAGUCCUCAGCAUGUUGAUGCUCGGCACAGGGUUAGCAGCCCAAAUGACUACCUAUUGUGCUCUCCCUUGGAUUGGGGUGGAUCCCCUUUUUAUAACACUGGUUGAGGUUCUAGAAUAUUCCCUCUGACACACAUCGUCAAUGAGGAGUGUACAUUACCAUAUUUGGGAAACUCAUGAGUCACUUGUGCCACUGUCACGAGUUGCUAUAUGGGACCUUGGUCACGCACUGGCUGAUCAGAGACUGUUUCCGUGUGUACUUAGCCUGUGUACCAACUGUCGCCAAUCUGUUGGUGUUAGAAUACCCGAUUGCAAUGACUCCUCUGUUGUCUUCCCAAGAGGCCCUCAGUUACAACUUUGAAUUCAAUGCUGUAUUCCAUUCCUUAAUAGUGGAUUUCGCGACUCCUCCCAUCCCCCUGGAAUUUUUUUUUAUAGAAUCUGUCCUCAGGCACUAUACAAUUUUCUAUUUGCAUGAUCACUAGUGCCACCAGAUCACUGGUUCCGUUUAUUACAUUCAUUCCAUACUGUCAGCAGAAUUAUGCUAAUAAUUCAACAUCCAAAUGCUGCAAGCAUCAUUGUCCAGUCUGUUUUGGGAAUUUAUCAUUUAUUGGUGCGUAAUUGUGGGGAAUCUAUUAUAGGGACAAAGGAGCCAUUCUCCCUAAUCCUCCCUGGCAGAGGACUGGUAGCCCUUCUUAGUCAUCAUUGAGCUGGCACAGGAUACUGGAUUGACCCAGUGUCAUGAAAGUCCAACUCAUUCUCCGCAUAGUUCACAUCAAUUUGCCGAGCUAGGCUACAUCAGACACGUGUGCCUGGGGCAUGUUCAUUUACAACGGUAUUUGUUACACAAAUUCCUGCACAACAAUCUGAGUUGGCUAUUUGACAAAAUUUCUUACCACAAGUCCUACAACAUGUACAAUAAACACACAGAGAACACAAAAUUGCAAUUAAAAUUAAUUUAGCGGAUCCUGAGUACCCAUGUGGAAUACUCACUCAUCAACCAUCCCUUGAAAGUCGUUCUUUGUUGACAGUUAAUUUCAUCUUGCAACUCAUCAAUCUUAUGCCCUGCAGCUUUAAAAUUAUCCAGCUGAUGAACUACAUGCUCUAAAGGUAACAUUUCAGAUAUUUCUGAUAUUGGCUGUUUUUCAUCUUCUAUAAUACAAUACUCUACUUCAAUGUUUUAGGCAGGUACUAUACCUACAUACUUAUAUUGGUAUGUACAUACACUUUGUUUGUAGUGUGAUUUGAGCUCCAUAGCCCUUACAUUUUCCUAUAAAUGUUAACUUGCCGGUACCGUGUACUAUGACAUUGGUCAGGUGCAACUCAUUACACAGAUCUGUUAAUCCUUAAUUCUUGGGAGCCACAAAUAACCACUCAUCUCCCAUAUCUGCAUCCAGAUAAUUCCGUUCAGAAUUAUGUAUUUUUUAUUGCAAUCCUUUGGUAUCCCUCGAAACAGCUGCAGUAUUUGUCCUUUGCAUCUCUCAUGAUCGUAGGUAGACAUAAGUACAAAGCUCUGCUUACAUAUGUGAUGCUUAUUAUUAAUGUGUUUACAUUUUAAUUAUUCAAGAGACAUGUGCGCAUUCUGCCUUUUGGCUUCAUCGAUUAUUACGAAUUCUGUUGUCAGAGUAAUAUAUGUAAACAGUCUGUUAGUUGUAUACAUUUAGAACGUGGCUUAAAGUACUGCUGGCUAAAAUUACAUCUAAAACAAUAAUACAAAGCAGUUGGUGACCCUGGUCCUCAAUUAGUGCAAUGGGGAACCUCUUGUCUUUAAUAUAAUCUUAAAUUAACUCUUUAAGUAUCGCACUACCUGUACCAGGUUUAUUACGUGAGGCUCUAACAGUCCUUUCUGUGCAUUCAAUAUGGCCUUAAAUCAUAUUCCCUUUCCAAUUCAUUAAACUUUGCUGUUAAUUGUACCAACUGUUCAGUCAUCAUUAACAGAACUGAGGCUUGCUGUAACUCUUUAUGUGUACUAUUUUCUUAAUCUGCCACAUGUUUACUUAGCUUUUGAAUUCCUUCAGUGAUUAUUUUCUCAUUCUUUGUAACCACAUUGAUUGUCUGAUUAAAACUCACUAGGGAGGCCUGCACUACUGUCACUUGGUCCUUGGACAGCCUUAGUAAUUCCCGUUUCUGUUCCUCCAGAACAUCUGUCUUAGCAUUGAAAAAUGAUGUGUCCUCCUCAUCUUAAGUGCCAAACAAAAUCUUGUUUGCUUUCCGUAUAAAAUUCAAAAUACCUCUUUUUCCAUCUGACGUUUCAUGUCUCACUAGCUGCCCUAUCAGUUCUUUCGCUCUACUUAUUUUUUCUACAUGCCACCUUAUGGCUUGCUGUGCAUGUUCACACUUAACUGUGGCCAACUUCACUGUAUGUAAUAUUGUUAUGCAGGUUGACACCACUAGGUUCAUGGCUUGGUGAGUCUUGUCAAACUUAUCAUGCAAGUCCUUCAAAUUCAAAUAUGUCACUAUGUGCUAAAUAGUACUUUAUGAACUAACCAUUCAUUGGUUGUCAUGAUAAAUCCCAGGUGCAGACUGGACUAAUUGAAACUGUAUGUCCCUUGCCGCUCCAUUUCUCCUGCAAUGCUGGUUACCAUACUGCCGAAGAUUAUCCAUCUCCACAAGUCUCGUACUCCUGCCAUCUGUAGUUAGAAUAAUUCCUUCAUCCUAUUUGCAUGUAUCUUCGUACAUUUCUACCCCUUUAUUCUAAUUAUUACAUUUGGUCUAUCCACAACGACCACUUGAUAGGGUCCUCUCCAUUGGCUAUGUUAUUUCCUCAAUAUACCCUCUCGUACGCUCUCCUCAUAACAUAACACCUGAUCGUUAACCUUAAAUGUCUUGGGAUUUUGUGUCCUAUCAUAUUGAAUGUUAUUCCUUUUUUUUACUUUCUUGUGUGGCUGUCCAGUUAACAGUAGUUUUAAAGUUGACAUAGUAUUAACAUUGGUCAUGUAUGAUGGCAUGAAUUAGGAGAGAUACCUGUGUACAAAGUCAUAACCAAGAGGGGUACACAGUGAUAAGUAUACUAAGAGAAAUAACUGGUGCUUAUGUGGAGAUAUGCUCGUAUAUAUGCUACUGGUAGUGGUAAUAUGAAAUCAAAAAUAAAGUGAAAAUUCUGAUACAGCAUAGAUUAGUAUUAUGAUGAGUACAGUAUCUAAGCAAGCUAAUACAUAGCAUCAAAUUACACCACCUGAAUAUUAAUAACAUUACAGAACAUAAUACUCGGUAACUGUGCUCAUACUUGAUGCACAACAAACUAUACAGCACAGAUAUGCUAUCCUGCAGUCAUGCGAGUCUAUUGACAGUGUAGAGUUAUUUCUUUGUCCUGUGUAUGGGAAUAGGCCUAAAGUGGUAGGUACACAUGAAAAUGAUGUCUUGGAUAAAAAUUACCUAAUAUUGCUGAUGAAAGCACCUUAUUCGAAUAACAUACAGAAUCAAAAGACUUGUAACUCAUUCUUAAUGAAGGGUUAAUGGUUGUGGACCUGAGAAGAAGGAAAACUAAUGCAGAAGUUUUUAUUGGAACCAUUAUUAUGCACAAUUUUUGAUGAACAAAUGUUACAAUUUAGAUUUUAUUCUUCCCCUAUUCUUCAAUGAACAGAAAUUUUUUUACCCCCCACUGUCUUACUGACAAACUUGAUGUUUUGCAGCAUUAUUAUCAGUAGUCCUACUGCCACCAUGCAAUUGUCCGAGAAUUGAUGCUUUCAGAUACAAAUUUUGUAUGCAUUUUUAUUGCUUUCAUCUGCUUUUGAGUUGUAAAUGCUUAUUUAUACAGCUAUAGAUAGUAUUGAUUCUCUCCUUAUAAUCCAUUCUGGCAUCCCUCACAUCAGCUCAGUAGAAGUAUUGUUCUUCAUAGAUACAGCAAUAUGCAGGUUAAAAUUUUAUCCUUUACCAACAACUUUUUGUACUAUGUGCAUUAUACAGGUAUCAAAUUUUGGCCUGUGUGAAUAAUUUACAGCCAUUUAGAGAAGUCCAGUGUCACCAGGCUAAGGACUUGCAUAUUUCCAGAGACAUAAGAUGGAAGAAAAAACAAAUAUUGGUUAUCAAGAUUUAAUAUUUUAUUCCUGUUAUUUAUUGUCCUUGAUAUUUAUUAUCGACCAGAAGUCUGUGACUGACUAAUUUAUGUUAAUAAAUUGUGGUUAACAAUAAAAGUUUGGUGUAAACUUCAUCGGAAGUGUGCUGAUCUUUCUGUUCAGAAUAAUUUAGACUAAUGUUUUCAAACUAGGAGAGUUGCAUAAAGAUUUUUGCUCGCAUUUUUAGUUUUAAGUAAACCAGCAACAGUGUACGGAAAUCAUCGUUGAUAAUAACCUGUUUUCCUUGAGUGGAUAGCAUGGACUCCUCGUCACAGCAACUACACUAAUGAGGACCAUUAUCUAAUUUCAUUCACUUUUUCUGUUGGACAUGUGCAAAAGAUUCAUAUAGUGAAUUGUUUUAGGUUAAAAGUACAGAUGAAUAAAAAUCUGUAGACACAUAGUACAAUAAUCACACAUUCCAUAUUGAAGUUCUUGGCAAUAGACUUGUCACGAGAUUAUUGAAAUAUCAAUAAAAGAUUAAAAAUGUGUUGGUCAAUAAUAUUUCCAAUUAGUUUUUGUUCAGGUAUUAACAGUGCCCUGUGUCUAUUGUUGUACAAACAUGUCGUCCAUGUCCUCCAAAACUGUGUCAAGUGUGCUAACGCUUACAUUUUUUUCCCUAUAAAAUUACUUGUAUAAUACAGAGACAAUGAAAUUGCUGCCACUUUCAUCAGUUUCUUCUGAGACAGAUAAAACAUAAAAUCCUUUUGUUCACUACAUUUGUAGUUUUGAAAUCUGCAGGAGAAUCCCAACUUUCAUUUGAUACCUUCUCUUUGUAGAUGUGCGCUGCUUGUAGACAUAGAGAUUUGUGGAAUUUGAACAUAGUUUUGCUAAUACAAGAUAAAGAAACAAAUAUUUCCCAACUCAGAAAAAGUCUUUGUUAUCUGGAGCUGUACACACUAGAUAUGUUUUACUCAGCAUAUGUGGACUUUUGUAGAGCUUAGAUGCUUUGCACUUCUUAAUAAAUUUAUAUUUUGUAAAUCACUAAAAUAGUAGAUAUUUAUAUUUACAGAUUUCUUGCCAUUGUUAUUUAUUAAUAAUACAUUACUAUUUUGUGAGAGAAUCUCAAAGUGCUAAUAAUAGAAUUGAAACAACCUUCAUUACCAUCAACAUUAUUUAUGUUUCAGUUUCAUCUGCAUCACUAAAAAUUCAGAUAAUUAAUUGUUUAAAACAUCCUCAAUUAUGGAUAACAGUGCAGCAUGUCAACAGUAGGUAGCAGAUAAGAAAAGAAUGAAUGUGAAUAAAUGAUUUCUCAUUUAAUGCAAAGAUACCUCCACAAAAAAUUAUAAAUUGCUUUCCCAGACUUUCUCCCUGCAAUAGUUUCACAUUUUGCAAUACUUAUUUAGAAUACUAUUGGAAUGAACAUAAUGCUUAACAGAACUGCUAUUGAUCCUAAUCCCUCCCUCCUAACACUUUACUGGCAACUUAAUUUGUAGAUUGACUUUUUCCUUUAAUAUUUACAUUAUGUGGUGGUGUAGAAUGAAGUGAAGAAGCAAGAUUAGUGUGCACUUUUGUUGCUACUUGUCCAAUUUUUGUGCUUUGGAUCUUUUAGUUUCACAAAUUGUGCUCAGCUAUCUGAGCUUUCCAAAUCUGUCACUUACUGCUUCUGUGCAUCAAACUGACAGUCUUGUCGUACAAACUCGGCAUAGCCAAUAAAAAAAAAGUAGCAAAUGUGUUUCCAAGUGUGUAAGGGGGGAGGGGGAGGGAAAGGGAGGGGGGAGAGAGAGGGGGCAGGUGUGUUCAUGUGUUUCAUAAAUUCAGGGGGGAGAGAGAGGGGGGAGGUGUGUUCAUGUGUUUCGUAAAUUCAUUUCUUCCUGCUAUUAUAAAAUGCCUUUUUUUAAACACAUUCUUAGUACAGUGGUUAAGGCACUGGAUUCAUAUUUGAAAAGAGCAAUGCAAAAACAGUGUUUCUGUGAAUUGCCUAAGACAAAUACUGAAACUGUUCCUUAAAAAGGACACUUCCCCAUUCAUAUUGACGUAGAGAAUGUACUCAGCAUCUAAUGACCCUAUCAUCCAUGCAAUGCUGAACUCUUGAUCUUCCUUUCUUCUCAUAGUACUUAUUGUCUAGAAUUUUAGUGCAAUUCUACAUGUCAGUAUUUCAUGCACAAUAUUAUUACAGUUCCUUAUAUAAAAAUUAUUCAGUUUUUUGUAUCUUUAUUUCUGAAAAAUUUAAGUGAACCAUUUUACAUGAGUUAAUUUUAUAUCUCUUUGCCAAUUGUACAAAAACCCUACACAAAAUGUUGUAAAACAUAAUUUUUAUAUUAGUACAUUUCCAUGUGGAUAUACAAAAUACAUGUAUUUUAAUUGUAAGUUGAUUCCAUAAAAUAUAUACGCUUUUGGUCUUCCAUUUUCAGUUGUACCAUCGUUUGUAAGGAAUAAAGUGAAUAGGAGAACAAAAUACCUUCUUAACUAGAAUCUGUUGGCUUAGAAUUAUAUUUAUUUUUUUAGAAUAUAAUAAUUUAUUUUUAAAAGUAUAGUCACUGCACAGAAAAACCUGUGCAUCUUGUGAAGUGCACUGACUGCUGUGGUCACUCGAACUGAUGAAGUCAAAUGGUGAAUUACAUUCUUAGUUUAACUGUUUGUUUCAUAUUUGCAAUAUAUGUUAUAUGCGUGACUUAUAUUACUGAACAUAGAUGAGGCAUCUAAGCAGUGUGAAUGGCAAAUAACCAAUUAUCCCUACCUCACUGUUUAUUCAAACAAUUAUCAAUGCUCCUUAAAUGGAAGCAAAUAAAGGUAAACCAUGUGUCACUUGGGGAACUGCAGUGCCACUAACAGCAGAACACAAAAGAACAGACAAUGUAAAGUAUCAAGACAUACUUUCCUUUUAGAGAGGAAAAUGUGAAAUAAAAAAUAGUACAUCAUGAGGUGAUUUUUGUACACUCUGAUUUAUACGUUGUGUUUUGUCUGUUAUUUUCGUUAAUUUCAGUUUUGAUUUUAAAAUUUUUUAUGAAAAUAUCUCUGUGAUAUCAAGUUACCAUGUCCAUUAACUGCUUUCAUGAAAUACGUUCAAGAAUUUUUCUAAGUUAUCAAGUCGUAAAUUAAGACAGCACACUAAGACUGAAGAGCUAGUGGAAUUCUGUAGGCCACAAAUUGGAGAUAUUUGAACUUUCAGUUAUGGUUUUUGAAUUGAUAGUUAUUCUUCAUGUGACAGUGAACAAAGCUCAUUAAUCCACUAUACUUUUGUUUUGAUGUGGUUGUUGUAAAUAAUAAAUUAUGUUGUUGAAUUUUAUUUCAAUUUUAAAAAAUGCAGUUGUUUCUUGUGCAAGUUUUUGAUGUGAAAAAUUCUUAAAAUUCAGUCAUUGGUUUCAUUUGUCAAUAGUUAUGGGUGUGUGGUUCCUGUGAAAAAUAAAAUUAUAUUCUUUCUGUAUUUACAUUUUUGCUGUAUAAAAUACAGUGUGAUAAAUAAUUUUUUUAUUUUGUUUAUUGUAAUCAUCAAUUUUAUAGUCCAACCACUGUUUUUCCUAAGACUAGAAACAGUUUGUUAAGCAGCUAAAUUUUUCAGCGUUUCAUGACACUUUCGUUUCCCGUUGGAAAUAAAUAUUUAUAAAAAGUU